GCGGAGACAGUCGCGGCACUUUCUCGUGCGCACGGCCGAGGAUGUCCGAGCUCGAAUCGCAAAGCUUGAACGCGAAGUGGAAGAGCUCGAGAAUGCCAUCCAGCUGCAGCAAGACCUUCUGCAGCAGCAGCCCGUGAUCAGCCCGCAUGCAACCAAGCCGUCAUCGUCAUCGUCGUCGUCGUCCUCAUCUGCACCACCAAUAUGUGCGGUGGCUGGGUUGGACAGAGCUGGAGAAAUCGCAAGCGACGCGUUGGCGCUCAUUCCCGCCAAAACCGAUCCUGCACGAGGACCUGCUGCCACGGGUGCGUACUCGUCGAGCAACUCGAUGGAAGAACUACUAGGAGAAAAUGCGUCGAGUGUCACAGGCCCCGCCACGGACGUCAGUGCCAUUGAGCUGGGCGUUCCAAUCGCGAUCGUCAAUCCAGUCGCAAUCACCGCUACCGCCUCCAAUCCCUUGAACACGACUCAUGGUUCGAUGGCGAUUCCGUCUAGCAUUUCUGGCGACUCGUUGACUGGUAUCACACGUGCCGGGACUACCACGUCACCCCCCGAUGUUGUCGCUCAUUCACGCCGAUUGUUGGAAUCGACGAAUGGCUCUUUUUCGCCAAUCGGGCGGGGAGUGCCAACAGCAGCCGCUGUGGAAGAUGACCCAGAAGCCGAUGAGGCCGAUGCGAUUGAGGUCGAUUUUGAACCUCCGCCGCACUGCGUGCCAAUCAAAGCCAACGUCCUCGAAUUCGAUUGGGCGUCACUCGCUGCCCAUUGCCAGUUUGACGUUAUCAUGAUGGACCCUCCAUGGCAACUCGCAAGCAAUGCUCCAACGCGCGGUAUUGCACUCACAUACAACCAGCUGCCCGACGCAGCCAUCGAAGACAUUCCCAUCGCGUCGCUACAGCGAAAUGGCGGUUUUGUCUUUGUUUGGGUCAUCAACAACCGUUACGCCAAGGCGUUUGACAUGCUAAAGCGCUGGGGAUAUCGAUUUGUUGAUUCUAUUGAUUGGGUCAAGUUUACAGUCAACCGACGCCUUGCCAAGUGUCAUGGGUUUUACCUGCAGCACGCCAAAGAAACCUGCCUCAUCGGGCUCAAAGGGGAUCCACCACCGGGAUGUGUUGGCAACGUGGCGUCUGACGUGAUAUUCUCCGAACGACGUGGUAAUUCCCAGAAACCCGACGAAAUGUACGAGCUGGUCGAAGCGCUCGUUCCAAAUGGCAAAUACUUGGAGAUAUUUGGACGAAGAAACAACCUGCGCAACUAUUGGGUGACGAUCGGGAAUGAAUUAUGAUUGGAGUAAUUCAUCUUGCAGCAAUCUGGAAUUUUUAACAUUUGGAUUUGUUCGAAUCUGCACUAUUGUACAAUAUCAUCAA